UCCGCCAAUGUUAUUGUACUGAAACAUGUGCUAAUAUUGGAAGCACGUGUUUUCAUGAUAAAGAAUUCAUCUGAUUGUAAUCAUAAAAAGGAAAAGAAGCAGACUGGAGUGAUAUUAGUAAUAUCAAACAGUGAUUUAAUGUUAAUGGUGAUUCAUGCAAAUGUAUGAUGAUAAUAUAAAACAUAAACUAGUUUUCAGAAUGAAUCACAAAUCUGAUUUUAAUAUGAAGUACAAGUCUGAUUUUAGUGUGAAAAAUGAACCAGAUAUUCAUAUAAAGCAAGAAAUAAAUUCUGAUGUAAAGCAAGAAAUCAAUUUUCAUGUGAAGCAGGAAUCUAAAUUUAAUAUAAUGGAAGAGCUUAAAUAUAUAAAACAAGAAUCAAAAUAUAACAUAAAGAAAGAAUGUAUAUUUGAUAUUAAACAAGAAUCAAAAAACAUAAAGAAUGAGUGUAAAUUUGGUAUUAAACAAGAACCGAAUUUUAAUUUGAAUCAACAAGAAUCAAAGUAUAACAUAAAGAAAGAAUGUAAAUUUAGUAUUAAACAAGAAUUAAAAUAUAACAUAAAGAAAGAGUGUAAAUUUGGUAUUAAACAAGAACCAAAUUUUAAUUUGAAGCAGGAACGUGAUUUCAGUUUGAAGCAGGAGUCAAAUGAUAACAUAAAACAGAGAUUAAAAUUACAAGUUCACAGUACAAAUAAUGUUAUUUGUGCAGAAACAUGUCUAGAACAGUGUAGUUAUUUUACAGAUAAUAGUUUUUCAAACAAUAUCAAUUGUACCAAUGACAAGACUAUGAAGUACAAUUCUAUUGAAUUGACUCACUCUGAAUUAUCCAAAGAAUUAAAACAAAUUGAAUCACAAUGUUCUUCAGAAUCUAAUAUUAAAAUAAAAAAUGAUAAAGGGUAUGAAAUCUGCAGAAACAUAGGAAAAGAUGUACAUUCUGCUAGUAAUAAAUUUAAAACAGGAGAAGAGAAAGCUUUCACCUGUAAUGGCUGCAAAGUGCAAUUUCCAUCAUUGCAAAAGUUACAGAUUUACAUUUGUAGGCAUACAGAAAAUAGCUACUACUUUUGUGAUACUUGCAAGAAAUCUUUAAUGAAGAAAAAAGUAUUAAAAACAAAUUUUAGAAUGCCUUCAUCUAAAUUUCAAUGUGACAUCUGUAAGAGGAUUUAUUCAAAGAAACUAUUUUAUAUGAGUCAUAUGUUAAUACAUAAGAAAGAUAAACCUUUCGAUCUGUAAUAUCUGUAAAAAGAACUUUUUUCUAGCACCAGUUACUUUACAGACAUUUCCAGCUCAGUUUAACCAGUUUAUAGUACUAAAAUCGACAAAAUAAUGUUAGAAUGGUAUAAUGAUGAAAUAUUUUCAUGCAUGUAUGUCUCCAAAUAUCCAUUAUGUAGACAAUGCUGGCUCUACUCUUUUCCGAACUCUGUGCAAGAAAUUUUGGUGCAUCCAAAACUCAAUAAUCAAUAUUCAAGGUUAAUUCAGCUUCUAUCUGGAAUUUCAGUAAGGGCAAUAGAGAUGAUUUGUUUCAUAUUUUAGGUAUUCCCCUCCAUAUACUGACAAUUCAGCAGUGGCUCCUCACUUCCAGUGCUCUCUUAAAAGGACCAAACAGCUGAUAAUUGCAUGGUGACACAUCUGGACUGUUGGCAGGUGAAUCAUUACUUCCCAAUCAAGUCAAUGAUCACCUCCACCAUGUGAAUAACAAUACUUCAAUGCCAGCCAAAAUACUUCUAUUUUUCAGGUAUCGCAACAUUGUCAAAAUAAUGGGAGAAGUGUCAUCAUCUGGAAAGGAAGUAACUAUAGAAAUAAACAUAAAUUGCUGUUAUUGAAAUUAUGGUAAGAUGACUACCCUUGUUUAAAUUUUGCACCUGAUGUUGAGAUUUCAAGUGCUGAGAA